AUGCAGUACAAGACCCUCGUCUUCGCCCUUCUUGGGUUCACUGGCAUCGCGUCUUCCAUGGUUAUUGGAGACCGAAGCACCAGCCUAGCCACCCCCGAAAUUGAGGCAAGAACCCCACCAUCUAUUAUCGCCAUCGCCGACGAGGUCGACGAGGCUGACGAACAGGAUGCGUAA